AUGGCUCUGGAGGAGGUCCCCACACGACCAGACUCUCUCUCUCUGCCUCUGCACGAGACCAGGAUCUCAGACGAGGAGAAGGUCCAGGUGGCCGCAGACGCCUCAUACUCGCUAACGUCCGAUGAACUGGGCCACGUCGUGACCACGGAGACGCCUCCCGCUAAAGUCAACCGCUCCUUUCAGUCCAAACUCGCAGAGAGAGAAGCUACAGCAGACCAGAGAGCCAAGAAGACCCAGGGGCCGGAGAAGGAGAGGGGCCGCUUUGGCUGGGGUGAGUUCUACUGA